GUCUUCUAUCAUUAUCCUGUCACCCACCCCACUCAGUCGCAAUGGCCUGGAAGCAUAGAAGGAGAUCUCACAAGAACGGUGAAAAGGCAGCUUUCACCCAGAAGAAGAAGGAUCUUGGUCUUCUUGUCACCGACGAGCUUGAGAGUGCCCUCAACUCGUGCAAAGAAAGAGUCGAACGAAUCGCCAGAGAUUGCAGAGCCAAAAACAGAAAGUUCAGAGAUCAAGAAUUUGAUACCGAGGUCGAUCGCGAAAGAUGCUUGCAUGGUAUUGGCAGCGAAGAGAAAUUUAAUCCUUCCGACGUGCAGAGAGUCACUGAUAUCUUUCCUAAUCCACAAUUUUUCAUCGAUGGUGCCAAUUCCAACGAUCUGGUCCAAGGAGCUAUAGGCAAUUGUUGGUUUGUCUCUGCCCUGGCGACGAUGUCUACCGCCGAGGGUCUCAUCGAACGAUUUUGUGUUGCAAGAGACGAGCAAGUCGGUGUAUAUGGUUUCAUCUUCUUCAGAGACAGCUCUUGGGAGACCGUGAUUAUUGACGAUUUGUUGUUCACUUCAAUCCCGAAAUUUGAGGAGCUGUCAACAGCAGAAAGGCAGCUCUACCACAACGACAAAGAUCUGUACAAUGCAUCUGCGCGAAAGAACGGAAAGAGUUUGUACUUCGCAAGGUCUGGUACUCAGGGAGAGACAUGGGUUCCUCUACUAGAAAAAGCGUACGCGAAGCUACACGGAAACUACGGCACCCUGUGCGGCGGACAGGUCGCUGAGGCAAUCGAAGACCUCACUGGUGGUGUUUCAACUUACAUCCCUAGUAAAGACAUCCUCGACAUUGACAAAUUCUGGAAGGAAGAAUUACUGAAAGCCAAUGCCGACCGCUUGUUUGGUUGCUCCUACCGGUCACUAGACAGCACUCGAAGCGGUCAAGCAGAAAUCAAGAUCAACGGUCUAAUCGGUAGCCACGCUUACUCGGUCUUGCGCGCCGUUGAGGUUAGAGGAAAGCGGUUCGUGAUCGUUCGCAAUCCCUGGGGGAGGGGCGAAUGGACUGGUCCUUGGUCUGAUGGUUCCAGAGAAUGGACUCCUGAGUGGUUAGCGGCUCUGUCUGAGAUCGGCCAUACCUUUGGGGAUGAUGGACAAUUUAUAAUGGAAUACAAGGACUUCCUGGAAUGUUGGGAUAGCAUCGACCGUACCCUUCUGUUCGACCCGUCAUGGGUCAUGUCCUGUCAGUGGGUGCAGGUCAAGACCAGGCCGUUAUUUACGGCUUGGUCCUAUGGCGAUGUGUCCUUUACGUUCUCCCUCCCAGAGUCCUCCUUGGCUAUCAUCGUUCUGUCUCAACUUGACGAACGUUUCUUUGAAAGGAUCAAUGGUCGAUGUGCUUGGAGGUUUGACUUCGUCUUAUUCAAGGAGGGAGAGGAGGAAGCGGUCGGCGAAUCUUCCCAUGCGAGAUUCACCUCACGGAGUGUUAACCUCGAAAUCGAUCUAGCGGCAGGGAAUUAUGUUGUUCAUGUGCGCUUGGAUCGCCUGAUUAUUCGUGACUCGGAUUAUCUGCAAGAAUUGAUGAGCGAGUGUAGUCCUCGAAAUAUGACUCGGGUCUUGACUGAGAAGGCAAAGUCCUGCUCAGCGGCAGUUAACUUUAACUGGAAGGAAGAGGGAAUGCACCUACCAAUCCCUCUCAGUUUUCUUGCUGGUCGUAGCAUUUCUGCUAUCAAACAGGGAUUCGAAGAAGCCGCGAUUCAGGGAACUGAGGAGGAAGAAGGCGAAGAAGUGGUUGACGGAGGUAAUGCAGGGAGCGAGGGUGACGGAGAUGAGGACGAAGCCGAGAAUGAGGGGGAGGAAGAAAUUGAAGGCAGGGGCGCUGUAAAUCCGGUGACUGAGGAAGAUAAGAUGGCUGACCCUUCGGAACUCAACACCGUGUUCUUGGGCUUGAAGGUUUACACCAAGAAGAACGCUCCAGUAUCCAUUGCAGCCCAACUCAUGGCCGCCUAGAUUUGUAACCAUUCGGACGAGUGCGAUGACGAUCGUACCUUUUUGAAUAUUUCUUCUAUGUAUGUAAUUGCAAUGCUCCUUUAAUUAGAGUCUUAGUUCACGUUCGUGCAUUGUUCACGAUGGACAGUGUGAGCUCU